AUGAAAGUGUUCCUCGUAUUCGCUGUGAUUGUGGCGGCCGUUUGCGCUGGGCAUGUAGAAUAUGGCGGCCAUCAUGGCGGCUAUGGCGGAGAUCUUGGCGGCGGCUACGGUGGUUAUGGCGGUCAUGGCGGCCACGGUUACGGCGGCGGCUUGGGUGGUUAUGGUGGCGACUUGGGGGGCUAUGGUGGCCAUAGUCACCAUGAUCAUUAUGGUCAUCAUGGUCAUCAUGGGCAUCAUGGUCAUCACGGUCAUCACAGUGAACAUUACGGUCAUCAUGUUCAUGGCGGAGAUAGCGGUUACGGCAGACAUGGAGGCUUUGGCAGCUCUUAUUCCCAAGCAGGUUCCUUUGGUGGUUAUCGUCGCUAG